UUCAAUAUUUGAAAUAAAUUCAAUAUGUGUAUACUUUCGGUACCUUCUAGGCCACCGUAGUUGUAGUUGAGGGACUCCUGUCAUGGCCGCCGUGGACAGUGUUGACUGAAGAUGUGUUUAUGUCGGACUGUCCUGUGACAGAGGACAGGAGAGGACAGGAGAGGACAGGAGAGGACAUGGCGGCCGUCUUCUUGGUCACCCUGUAUGAGUACUCUCCUCUGUUCUACAUCAGCGUGGUGUCUCUGUGCUUCGUUGUCACCGCCGCCAUGGUGCUCGGCUGGUUUGGCUUCGAUGUCCCAGUGAUCCUUCGCAGCUCUGAUGAGGCAGAGUCCAUCCUUCCGACCCCUGAGAAGCAAAUGGUUCAGGUGACCAAUCCUUUCGCCCUGGAGAUGACCUAUGGUCUGGCAUCUGUCACUGAUGGUGUGUCUUUGAGGCCCUGCUGUCUGGAGCCCUGUGUCCUAAGCUGUUUCUGGGGCUGUGAGGUCAGUGCCCUGCAGGCUGCGUUGCAGGUCCACCAGCACAGGCUGAGGCUCAGCACGCCCCAACAUUUCCAGGAGGCCCUUCACCUCCGCUACCACCACUGCCAGAGCUUCCCUAUCGGCAGUGCAGACAGAGAUGAACGGCACACACAGAUUCCUGCUGAGCAGGGCAUCACAGAUCUUGGGCCGUUGCCCAGGGAAUGCUACCCUCUUGUGGCUGUGCUGACGCUGGCAGAGCCAGAAGCCAGAGACGCGUACAACAUUGUGGCCAGUGUGACUGUUAUUCAUGUUCCUGAUGACAUAUACAGCCUUUCAGCACGGGUUCUCUUUCAGUACCUCCUCACCUCACAAGGGAACAUGUAUGACUUAAAGCCUCUCUUCAUGUCCGCUGGCAGUGGUGGGCUGUCUGGGCCUUCGGACUCAGAGCAGAGUACCCAAACCAGCGAACCCAAUGAGGAGACCAACAGAGUGGAGCAGAAUCCAGUGCUGGAGGAGGGGGAGAAGGAGAGGGAGGGAAAUGAGGAGGGGGAGGACUGGUCAGAGGGGAGGGGCAGAGAUUGUGUGGUGUGUCAGAAUGCAGAGGUGAACAGGGUCCUGCUGCCCUGCAGACACGCCUGUGUGUGUGACAGCUGUGUGUCGCGCUUCCAGCACUGCCCCAUCUGCAGGGCCUUCGUCCUGGAGUCCUUCACCCUGACACAAACAUCAGCUACAGAACAGUGAGCCACGCCAAGCACGGACUGACAACACUGUGACCCAAAUCCAUGCUACUAAUAUAUGUUGUAUAUUAGUCUGCAUACAGUAUGCACUGUAUGCAGUGAGAGCUCUGUCCUGUGGCAGAUCAACUUUGUUCAAGGUUCAAUUUAAACAGCACAUUUAUUGUACAUUGGAUGUUUUAUGAAUGUGAGCAUUUGCUGAAGGACAAUAAUUCACAACAUCAUCAUCAUCACACACAAAACAUGUUCUGUAGUGUCCACACUGACUACCAGUGUGUGAUGUGGAGUGGUGACAGCUGCAGUUUCCUGUGGAGACGAGCUGUAAUGUUGAGACAGCUUUGACUUCAACAUGUUCUGUUUGCUGCUGACUCUUUGUUCUCAUUGAAAUAUACUAUGAGCAUGCAUCAUAUGUUUUCAGUAUGAAUGCAACUGCUCUUAUUUCCACUGUUGGACUUUGAGCAUGUUCAUAUGUUCAUAUGUUAGUUUAUGAGUAAAGUACAGAUGAACAUUUAACCUAAUUCAUUCUAUUUAUCUAGCACCAAAUUAUAAUGUAAGUUAUCUGACACUUUCAUACAGAGCAGUCUAGACAGUACUUUUUAUGAUGUGAGCAGUUCAUCACAGAUGAUGAGAUGAAGCUCAUGCUGAUGUGAGGCUUGUGUAGCUGCAGUCAUGGAAACCUGUAUUUGAAGCCCCUCUUGGCACUGCUGUGUGCUUGUGUGGUCUGUCACAGAGCAAAUGGAGUAGGGCAAAGAUGACAGUAUCACUUUAAAGACACAUUCUAAAUUGAGAGAUUUCAUGACUGUGCUUGAUUUUAUGCACCUGAGCAAUGUGUGGCUGAAACAACUCAACUGAAGAAUUAAUGGGCUGUCCAUUGACUUUUGGCCAGAUUAUGAACCAGAUAACAUACUAAACCAAACAUUGUUCUGAUCAGUUGAUUUCCAUAACUGAAACCUCUGUGAGAAGAUGAGUCACAUGAUGCAGCUUGAGGAAGAACAGCUGUUGUCAUGUUUGUUUUCAUGUUCAGUCAAUUUGUGAUGUGUGUGUUGUUUAUGAUUACAGGAGCAGUGCAGUAUUUAUUAACCACAGCCAAUCACUUGCUUUAAUCCGACUGUGUUAAUGAAGCGGACCAAAAAACAUUAAACAUGAACUGUGAGGAAGACAAACAGACCAGCACCUGGCACUGACUUCAAUCCAGCAGGUGGCACCAUCACUCAGCGAUCAGUGUGAAGUGUGUGUGGCAAUUUUGACUAGUUGCAAUUCUAAUGAAUAAUUUCCAGAACUCAGUUCUCCAUUGGUCGAAAUAUUGAUUCUUGAGGGAAUGUUCACAUCUA